AUGCAUUGCUCAACAACAACUAAAAUCAUGGAUUGGAGGCCUCACCAGCCAUACACAAAACCAAUCCACGACAUGGUGCCUCGACCGGAAAUGGAUUUUUUUCCAAGAAAAGAACUCAGCGGUGGAGCAGUGCAACGAACACCAAAGGAUGAUGCAAUCGCAACAAACGGAACGGAAUUCGGUGAGUCGGCGAGUAGAGGCGCCACGCUUUGGUCUGAAGAAGGUGCCGAUGAAACUCAACGACAAAACCCGCAAAAUUGCGCAACAAUUGGCGACGGACGGAAGAAGUCGACGAAGAAGACGAAGUCGAAAGCUGAGAUACUCACUUUAGAUGUAAUAAAGUGUGAAUUUCAAGCUAAAGACAGGAGAAAGAAGUCGACCAAAGCAAAUGGAAUCAAGACGGAAGUCGAAUAUCUGGAGUCGUAG